AUGGCGGCGCGGCGCGGGCAGCUCUCUCCCGCCGCUCUCGACUCCAACGGCGGCCCGGCCUCCGGCUCCGACAGGCCCGACUCCCCGGGAUUCACGGCCGCUAUCAGCAGCGCCAGCCCGUCUGGGGCGGGGGGCCCCGGGGGGGACUCGGGCCGCGAGCUGUUCGAGGCCUGCAGGAACGGCGACGUUUCCCGGGUCAAGAGACUCGUCGACUCGGGUAACGUGAACGCCAAGGACAUGGCCGGCAGGAAGUCCACGCCGCUCCACUUCGCCGCAGGCUUUGGCCGAAAGGAUGUUGUGGAACAUCUCUUACAAAAUGGUGCAAAUGUUCAUGCACGUGAUGAUGGAGGAUUAAUUCCACUGCACAAUGCUUGCUCAUUUGGACACGCCGAGGUGGUCAGUUUGUUGCUGUGUCAUGGGGCAGAUUCAAAUGCCAGGGAUAAUUGGAAUUAUACUCCUCUCCACGAGGCAGCAAUCAAAGGAAAGAUUGAUGUUUGCAUUGUUCUUCUGCAGCAUGGAGCUGAUCCCAACAUUCGGAAUACAGAUGGGAAGACUGCUCAAGACUUAGCUGAUCCUUCUGCAAAAGCUGUGCUUACAGGUGAAUACAAGAAAGAUGAACUCCUUGAAGCAGCUAGGAGUGGUAAUGAAGAAAAACUCAUGGCAUUGCUUACUCCACUAAACGUGAACUGUCAUGCAAGUGAUGGAAGAAAGACUGCAGAACCUCACCCCAUCAGUCUACGAUGUAGAAAUGGAAAUAUGUCUACUCCUCUUCACCUGGCAGCUGGGUAUAACCGUGUCCGGAUUGUUCAGCUUCUUCUCCAGCAUGGUGCUGAUGUACACGCUAAGGACAAAGGUGGUCUUGUGCCUCUUCAUAAUGCUUGCUCAUAUGGUCAUUACGAGGUCACCGAAUUGUUGCUUAAGCAUGGAGCCUGUGUAAAUGCAAUGGAUCUUUGGCAAUUCACACCACUUCAUGAGGCUGCAUCUAAGAAUAGAGUCGAAGUCUGUUCACUUUUAUUGAGCCAUGGUGCAGAUCCAACUCUAGUCAACUGCCAUGGUAAGAGUGCUGUGGAUAUGGCACCCACCCCAGAACUAAAAGAAAGACUUGCUUAUGAGUAUAAAGGUCAUACUUUACUACAAGCAGCCAGAGAAGCAGAUGUGGCAAAAGUGAAGAAGAGCCUUGCUUUAGAGAUAAUAAAUUUCAAGCAUCCACAAACGCAUGAAACCCCACUGCACUGUGCUGUGGCUUCUCAGCACCCUAAACGUAAACAGGUGACAGAACUGCUUUUGAGAAAAGGAGCAAAUGUCAAUGAAAAGAACAAAGAUUUUCUCACACCUCUACACACAGCAGCAGAAAGAGCACACAAUGAUGUUGUAGAAGUUCUUCACAAACAUGCAGCUAAGAUGAAUGCUUUGGACACCCUUGGCCAAACGGCUCUGCACAGAGCAUCACAUGGUGGUCAUCUACAGACAUGUCGCCUCUUGUUAAGUUAUGGAAGUGACCCCUCCAUUGUCUCGCUUCAAGGUUUUACAGCAGCACAAAUGGGAAAUGAAUCUGUUCAGCAGAUACUGAAUGAAAACGUUCCUUUACGCAACUCGGAUAUUGAUUAUCGACUUCUGGAGGCAGCAAAAGCUGGUGAUCUGGAAACUGUAAAGCAAUUGUGCACAACACAAAAUGUGAAUUGCAGAGACUUGGAAGGACGUCACUCUACCCCACUGCACUUUGCUGCAGGUUACAAUCGAGUGGCUGUGGUAGAGUAUCUACUCCAUCAUGGAGCUGAUGUGCAUGCCAAAGACAAGGGAGGCUUGGUGCCCUUGCAUAAUGCUUGCUCGUAUGGACAUUAUGAAGUGGCAGAACUGUUGGUGAGACAUGGUGCCUCAGUAAAUGUGGCUGACCUGUGGAAGUUCACUCCACUUCACGAAGCAGCAGCCAAAGGCAAAUAUGAAAUAUGCAAAUUACUUUUAAAGCAUGGAGCUGACCCAACCAAGAAGAACCGAGAUGGGAACACACCUUUGGAUCUUGUGAAAGAAGGGGACACAGACAUCCAGGACUUGCUGCGUGGAGAUGCAGCUCUACUGGAUGCUGCUAAGAAAGGCUGUUUAGCGAGAGUCCAGAAGUUAUGUACCCCAGAGAAUAUUAAUUGUAGAGAUACUCAAGGAAGGAACUCAACACCUCUCCAUCUAGCAGCUGGCUAUAAUAACCUUGAAGUGGCUGACUAUCUUCUGGAGCAUGGUGCAGAUGUUAAUGCACAGGACAAAGGAGGCCUUAUUCCUCUUCAUAAUGCAGCUUCCUAUGGGCAUGUGGAUAUCGCAGCACUUCUUAUUAAGUAUAACACUUGUGUGAAUGCUACUGAUAAAUGGGCCUUCACUCCAUUGCAUGAAGCAGCACAAAAGGGAAGGACCCAGCUCUGUGCACUGCUGCUGGCCCAUGGAGCAGAUCCUACUAUGAAGAAUCAGGAAGCCCAAACUCCUUUAGAUUUGGCUACUGCUGAUGAUAUCAGGGCCUUGUUAAUUGAUGCUAUGCCACCAGAAGCUCUUCCUACUUGCUAUAAACCCCAGGCAACUGUUGUUAGCGCAGCUGUGAUCUCUCCUGCUUCAACACCAUCCUGUUUGUCAGCUGCGAGCAGUAUAGAUAACCUGACGGGGCCACUCACAGAGUUAGCUGUUGGUGGUGCCUCAAGUGCAGCUGAUGGGGCAACUGGCACUGAGAGAAAAGAAGGGGAAGUAACCACACUUGACAUGAACAUUAAUCAAUUCCUUAAAAGUCUGGGCUUGGAACACCUGCGAGAUAUCUUUGAAAGGGAGCAGAUUACUUUGGAUGUGCUGGCAGACAUGGGUCAUGAAGAGUUGAAAGAAAUUGGAAUAAAUGCUUAUGGGCAUCGUCAUAAAUUAAUCAAGGGUGUUGAACGACUACUAGGAGGACAGCAAGGUACAAAUCCUUACUUGACCUUUCAUUGUGCCAGCCAAGGAACCAUUCUGAUUGACCUCUCACUGGAUGACAAGGAGUAUCAAUCUGUGGAAGAGGAGUUGCAGAGUACAAUCCGUGAGCACAGAGAUGGUGGGACUGCUGGUGGUGUUUUCAAUAGAUACAACAUUAUUAAGAUUCAAAAAGUAGUGAACAAGAAACUUCGGGAGCGAUUUAUUCAUCGACAAAAAGAGGUAGCAGAAGAAAAUCAUAAUCACCACAAUGAGCGGAUGCUGUUUCAUGGUUCUCCAUUCAUCAAUGCUAUUAUUUAUAAAGGAUUUGAUGAAAGACACGCAUAUAUCGGUGGGAUGUUUGGUGCAGGAAUUUACUUUGCAGAAAAUUCCUCGAAAAGUAAUCAGUAUGUGUAUGGCAUAGGCGGAGGUACUGGCUGCCCAACACACAAGGACAGGUCUUGCUACAUAUGUCACAGACAAAUGCUGUUCUGUAGAGUUACACUUGGAAAAUCAUUCCUACAAUUCAGUGCAAUGAAGAUGGCUCAUGCCCCACCAGGACAUCAUUCCGUGAUUGGGAGACCAAGUGUAAAUGGACUUGCUUAUGCAGAAUAUGUCAUCUAUAGAGGAGAGCAGGCGUAUCCGGAAUACCUCAUUACAUACCAGAUCAUGAAACCAGAGAGUCCAUCACAGCAGCUAACAACAAGCGAACAAAAGUCCUAGUCCAAGCCAAAGUCAACUUGUAUCUGAGGCUGUGUGUGAUGAAUGACUUUCCAUGUGACUGUUACAAUAUUUAUUUAUAUCACUGAAACUUUAAAAAAAAUGCUGGUGUUUAAGUUUAUAGCUCUUUUUAAGAAACAUGAUAACCAUUCCCUUUCAAAAAAUGCUUAUUAAGUGUGGAUUAGAAUGGAUUUUCUUUAUUUGCCUUGUUAUUGCUGAACCUCAUUUUUCAUUUGUGCUGGAGCUUUUGAAGUGCUGUUGGUAACAUUGUAGAACUGCUGAAAAUUCCCCGCACAGCUUCUGAGCUUGAUGAGGAUGGUUGAUCGGCCCUCACCUCUGCAGUAGAUUUGAAAUCCUGGACAGAGUUGUAAUUGGUGUAAGCAAUGAUUAUUUCUCACUGUCCAUUAUCACUAACCAUUGGAUCUCACUGCAGUGUUUGCUUCAUAACUUGUCUGAACACAUGAAAGCAUACUUUACAAGGCUUAAGUGCUAAUGUGGGUCAAUGCAUAAAAUUAUGUAAAUCAGCAAUUGAGGUACCCAGUAUAAUGGUGCAAAAUAAAUUGUUCACAACCAUUCAAAACACUAUUUAUUUGCAUGUUAAUUAACAUCUGAAACACAAGUUAAAAAUGAGCCUGAGUCCUAAUGGGGCAGAUUAAUUUGCAUGGUUAGUGAGCUUCUUCAGCAAAGUUACUGUUUGCCUGGCUUUGUAGAAUAAUUUGUUUGUCCUGAAAGUAGUUUUGGGGUUUCCACUCAAAUUUUGCACUUUUGUAUGAUAACAUUUGAUUUUUGAUUGUACAGUUCACAUGUAAAGGAAGUCUUGAUACUUAUCUUAAAAAAAACUCCAGUUCAGAGACUGUUGUGUAUCUUCGUGUUACCUUUUUAAAACAGAGUGUCCCAUUCCUCUUGCAUUGAUUGCAACAGCAUCUUUAAUGGUGUUAAAAAAGCAGUCUCAAGUUGACUAAUGUAAAAUAUCUGAUGGAAUAGCAAAGCUACUUGUGAGAAAAGCUUCGCCUGAAUACAAACAGAUGUAUUAGCUGAUGAUUGUCCUCUUUGAAACGGUGAUAUGAAAUAAUAGCUGACCUGGACUGUUGGACUUAUUUGAGACUUGUUUCGAUUUUUACGGUUCAAACAUAAUAUAGUCAGCUAGAUCCAGAAACUAUUAACGGUAUGAAUCAAAUUCUAGAAUAUCUGUAAUAAGUUGUGAAUUAUUCAGGAGGUGGAGAAUUCAGUUACAUAAACCCUGAACUGUAGUAGUUUUUUGAUGGUCCUAUAACAUUGUGAACUUUUAACACUAAUUUUCAAAAUUAUAUUCUGCAAUCCAUAAAUUUCAUAAUAACCUCAAAGUCCUGCUAAUAGUGGGGAUUUAAAAGUAAUGCUAAAACUAUGUUCAAUAUUGAGGCAAUUGGGAAGUCGUUACCGCAGAAUGUCACGAUUCAUAGAAAGGUUUAUUAAAUAUUAUUUUGCCCUUCUAAAGCCCAAACUACAAGAUAACUAAGAGUCCAAUAUAUAUAAAAGGAGUAUUUUCCUGUUUACUUACUGAACUUGUGAUGGUCAGGUGAAUUUGAACUUUUGAGGAACUUUUCAGAUCUUUCUGUGUGCUCUGGCUGUGUGCCCUUUGUUGCACGUGAUGAGAUAUGUAAUAUGGCUACAUGCACCUCCGACGUUACAGGUUAUCGAUUUCAAAAAUACUCACUCCUUAUUUAUUUGUUAUGAAAAUACUAUCCAGAUUUGUAUCCUCUGCUUUCAUCUGGAUUUUUUGCUGUUUGAAUAAUUUGUAGCUGCUGUAGUUGUGAUAGAAACACCCAUUGGAAUAACAUCUUACUAUAAGUGAAAUUAGUAAAAUCUUAGGGAUUUUUUUUCAGUGUUGCCAUAUCUUUCCCUUUUUGAAUAGAUAAAUGUAUGACCAGGUUCCAUUGAGAAUUCUGGCUGUGUAUGUGUAAAUGACAUCACCUUCUUCUGUGUUGAACUAAUGUGAUUUGUAAAUGUUGGAACACAUACAGUUUUCUGAUUUGGUAAUUCUAGCAUCACCAGUAGUUUGUAACUCUAAAAUGCAAAUGUUUAUGCAAAUACUGUCUUUGAGAGUGGAGAUGUUUGGUCCUAGUUUGAAGCAGCCUGAAAUUUUACAUUGAAUAAUUCUUCCAUAUUUACUGCUUGUGUCUGUCUAUAACAAACUGUUCUGGAAGGUUGUGUUGGUGUGAAUCAACACUUGUUUCUUUUAUUUUUGAAAAUUGCCUAACUCAAGAAACAUACACUAACCAAAUCAACCAAGUCAGGAAUAGCAUUAACCUCAGUUUGAAACACAUGCUUAAUAUGCAAAUUUCACAUAAAUAGAGCUGGUCUGGAGCAGUGUAAGAAGUUAGAAAUGCUAGUGCUGAAGUACCACCACACCACAAGGUCAUGUGGGUAUUCAUGAAUGUUUCCAGUAAAACUUAUGGGAUUUAUAACUGUGCUAUUCAUUAAUUAUUCUUAUGUGAUUGACUAUUGCUGGCAAUAAUUAUCACAAGGACAACAUUUGUGAUCUCUCGUGUUUUAACGUUGAACAGAUGUUAAGGGCAGAACGCCCCUCAUCUUUGGGAGAAUGGUUUCUCCUGUUUCUUUUAUCAGCACUACCUUGUUUACAAAUGAAAUAAGAUUUCAGUUUUACAUUCUAGCCACUGGAAAGGCCUAUCAAUUAAUUUAUUUAUUUUCCAGCCGUUAUCAAUGAAACACAAAAUCUCUCCAGGCCAGAAGGAGGGCUGACCAAUUGGGAAAAUCAAUUUUUUGGUGGGGAGAAUUUAAAAAUAAUAUAACAUUACGAAUUUCUACAUGAGAUAAUGGCUGGAGAGUGAAAAAAAAGUUAAAACCCACUCUUGUAGCUAGAAUCAAAUAAAAUCUUGUUCCUAGUAUGCUGCUGACUAAUUUGGGAAAUGAGAAACCAUCAUCUUUUUACAGAAUUCACUAAUUCUUCCUUUGUGAUGAUUAUUGCUGAUGAUACUUAUCAGGUGAUGAUAAUUAUCACAUUGAAGGGUUAUCAACCCUACAAAUUUCAGCCCUUUAUUUCAGGGAAAAGCAACUAGGCCUUAAAUUUCUUUUGUUAAAUAUUAGAAGGACUGGAUUGCAAAAAUAGGCUAUUGGACUACGAUGACACAAAACCUUUGUGUGUUAAAAGUGUUAGAGGACUUGUGUAACAACCUUCAAGCUCUUUGCUAUACAUAGGAUUUUCUGAAAAUGUCUUAUUUUUAUCUUGUUAUCCUCGACUUUGGAUCUGGAGCAGUCUGUGCAACUAACAACACUUUUACUUGAAUGAGUGGAUAGUGGAUUUACUAAACUAGAAUAUAUCUGCUCCAUUUCAGUAGCUGGAACUGAUUUUUAAAAUGUUAUCCCUAUAAACUCCUUACAGGAAAAUACUGUUAGGGUUGAAUUGACUAUACAAAGUUGUACACGUAUUAUACUAACUUUUAAUCUGGAAUUUCGUUAUUCAAAUCUUCCCUCUUCUGUUUUAUUUUUUGGCCUUAUGCAAGUAUUUCCUCUUGGUUUGAUGUUUUUCAGACGGUUAUGUUUUGUAAUUGAGCAUACACUAAUUAAAUUUUUAAUCUUGUAAGCAAGCCUUCCGAAAGCUUUAAUCAAAUUGAAAAGCAUGUCUGCAGCGUAACUGAAGGGCGUGUUGAGGAAUCAUUGUUUUAAAAACAGAACCUGUGUACGUCAUCAGAAGUAGAAAUAUAUAUCCUUACAGUUGCUUUCAUAGCAAUACUGCUGCAAAAUAACUUUUAUGACAUGAUGAACUUGUUUGCACAUUUGUUUUGCUAUUGUACUUAACUUUUCACAUUGAUACCGUACUUGGUAUGAUUUAUUUAUCCCUUUUUUUAAUCUUGCAUGGAUAAUCACAUUUAUUAGCACAAAAGAAAAUUGUUUUAGCAAAUGUUUUGCAGUAGUUUGUGUUAAUUACAAAGAUGAAUAAAUCUAGCAGAAUUUUUAAUUCCUUUAAGGAGUUGGGCUUUAGGCCAUUGCAAAUGUUGGACUAAUAUUAAAUGUUGCACAAAUCAUUUUGGUAGUGCAAUAUUACCAUCUGCUGGUUGAGAAAUUGAACUUCAGCAGUAAUUCUUGCUUUGAACUAAAUACAAAGGGAAGGGAAUAUUAUUUAUAUGAAGGAGUGUUAUGGAGCAAGCAAAUAACUUAAGCUUGUUUUCUCGAUCUUUUUCACCUUCAGAAUAUAGUGUAGAGCUGUGGAUCCAAAGUGGCCAAAUUAUCUUGAAUUUUUGAGAACUUUCUGAAAAGAUGGUUUGGGUUUGUACAGUAUGAAAGUGUUCAUGAAGGUGGUCCCGUGCACAGACUAGAUGAUAUCCAGGCACCCUCUUCCCUACCCCCGAACCAACUGCACACACACAUACAUACACACAUAUACAGCUUAGUUUAAAAAAAAGCUUGCAAUAAUGCAUUGGUUCUUUGGUAAAUUCACAUCUUUUCAUCAACAUAUAAUGCAAAAAGGCAUUCAGUCCUCAACUAAGAGUAUUCCAUGCUAAAAUGCUUAGUUUUAAGAGCCAUUGCAUUUGUUAUGCUGUUUUGAAUAAGCUUUCUUGUGCUUUGCACCACCAGACUAAGUUGUAUUUGAUCUUAUUGGUAUAUCUUAGAUUACCAUUUGCAGUAUGUUAUGGAAUGUAUUGUGUAUUGUACUUGAUGAAUCAAGUGACCUUCUGUUUUGUAUUUUACUUUGUAAUUAUGGUAUUAUUUUUAAUAUGCACAUUUGUCAAUACAAGGUGCUAAUGUUUUGCAGCACACUUGAAAUGGGUGUUGACUAAUUUAAUAUAGAUGCCAUUUACUUUUCCAGUGGCUUGAAAUUGUACGUAUAAACAAUGGAGACUGUACAUAUGUAUUUUAGUUUGUAAAUGUAUUUGGUAGUAAUAUCAGCGAAAAUAAUGUUGGAAUGUGAAUAUGUUUGCACCAACAAGAAGGAUGAGGGACUUGUAAACCCACAUGGUAAAAAUAACUAUUUUAAUUAGACUUUUGAUUUUCUUUCAUUUAACUCUGAAAAUAUUCCUAAAUUCAAAGUGUACAGCUGUGUGGAAGGUUUUACUUGUAAAGAUGUGCUGAGUCGUGACGUGUGUGGUACUGAAGUAACUGUUAAUAAACUGCAGUGAUGCCAAUCUGA